AUGUGGAGCUUUCUGAACGAUGUACGGGAGUCAGUGCGGCAGGUAGUCGCACCUCCUCCCAGCACGAGCAGCGCAGCUAGCUCCACCACCACCGCCACGUCUACGACGGCGAAUGCGAAGGAGAUAGGCUUUGAGGUGACGGUGGAUCAAUUGACAACUGGGCUGCUUCGCUUAUGGCGCAAGGUUGACCAGACGGCCAGUAAGGUCCUUCGCCAAGCCUUCGACGAAGCCGCCUCGCUUCGGGAGGAGGCUGUUCCACCGCUUUUUACCUUGACAGCAGAGGCGCGCGCGUCCCUAUCAGAGGACGAGCUCUUGGAGCUUCUCAUAGAUGCCAUCACGCACGCGACCGAUCGCACGCAUCAAGCGCUCGACGAGGCGAAUUUUCUCUUGAGCCUCGGCAUUGAAGAGCAAAUUGCGCACACGAAAGACUAUGCGGGGUGCUAUGAGUGGUGGGAUCGAACAGUGAACCGCCGCCUCAUCGUCUGUCAAGAUUUGUUGCAGGCCCGCUUCGCCGACACCUCUUCUACACCAGAGCAUAUGGCAACUGUGAUGGCGCUGCGCACCCAAAUGGAUAUCAUUCGACGCGCCUCCACCCAGCCAAUGGCCGCUAUCGCCGCUCGCGGACGCCUUCUCGAAGACGAGCGCUACGACUUACUCAAAUCUCUCCCCGCCAUACUCCCCGUCGAAGUAGGCAUGCAGCCGGCACACGUCAGCUCUACGGCACCCGAUGAGGUGACCUCAACCGCGCACCAGCCCACUGCUGCAUCCCCUAGUAAACCUUCUUAUACGUCCUCCGUAGAGAGCGGGGUUGCUGCUGUGCCUCUUGAUUCCUACAUACCUCAGUUUAGGCCGUUUACCGCCUCUUCAGCAACCGCUGCCGCUAACGCUACUCUCCACGACUUCGACUCCACUCCCAGCGAGGCAAAUCCUGCCGUUGCACACGCAUCUCCAUCACAGACGCCACCUUCCACCGUGGAGCAGGCACGCCUGGAGCGGCAGGCGGAGGAGGAGCGCCUUGCCCGUGAGGCGGCGGCGGAGCAGGCACGGCUGGAGCAGCAGGCGGAGGAGGAGCGUCUUGCCCGUGAGGCGGCGGCGGAGCAGGCACGGCUGGAGCAGCAGGCGGAGGAGGAGCGCCUUGCCCGUGAGGCGGCGGCGGAGCAGGCACGCCUGGAGCAGCAGGCGGAGGAGGAGCGUCUUGCCCGUGAGGCGGCGGCGGAGCAGGCACGGCUGGAGCAGCAGGCGGAGGAGGAGCGCCUUGCCCGUGAGGCGGCGGCGGAGCAGGCACGGCUGGAGCGGCAGGCGGAGGAGGAGCGCCUUGCCCGUGAGGCGGCGGCGGAGCAGGCACGCCUGGAGCGGCAGGCGGAGGAGGAGCGUCUUGCCCGUGAGGCGGCGGCGGAGCAGGCACGGCUGGAGCAGCAGGCGGAGGAGGAGCGCCUUGCCCGUGAGGCGGCGGCGGAGCAGGCACGCCUGGAGCGGCAGGCGGAGGAGGAGCGCCUUGCCCGUGAGGCGGCGGCGGAGCAGGCACGCCUGGAGCAGCAGGCGGAGGAGGAGCGUCUUGCCCGUGAGGCGGCGGCGGAGCAGGCACGCCUGGAGCAGCAGGCGGAGGAGGAGCGUCUUGCCCGUGAGGCGGCGGCGGAGCAGGCACGGCUGGAGCAGCAGGCGGAGGAGGAGCGCCUUGCCCGUGAGGCGGCGGCGGAGCAGGCACGCCUGGAGCGGCAGGCGGAGGAGGAGCGCCUUGCCCGUGAGGCGGCGGCGGAGCAGGCACGCCUGGAGCAGCAGGCGGAGGAGGAGCGUCUUGCCCGUGAGGCGGCGGCGGAGCAGGCACGCCUGGAGCGGCAGGCGGAGGAGGAGCGCCUUGCCCGUGAGGCGGCGGCGGAGCAGGCACGCCUGGAGCGGCAGGCGGAGGAGGAGCGCCUUGCCCGUGAGGCGGCGGCGGAGCAGGCACGGCUGGAGCGGCAGGCGGAGGAGGAGCGUCUUGCCCGUGAGGCGGCGGCGGAGCAGGCACGGCUGGAGCAGCAGGCGGAGGAGGAGCGCCUUGCCCGUGAGGCGGCGGCGGAGCAGGCACGGCUGGAGCGGCAGGCGGAGGAGGAGCGCCUUGCCCGUGAGGCGGCGGCGGAGCAGGCACGCCUGGAGCAGCAGGCGGAGGAGGAGCGCCUUGCCCGUGAGGCGGCGGCGGAGCAGGCACGGCUGGAGCGGCAGGCGGAGGAGGAGCGCCUUGCCCGUGAGGCGGCGGCGGAGCAGGCACGCCUGGAGCGGCAGGCGGAGGAGGAGCGCCUUGCCCGUGAGGCGGCGGCGGAGCAGGCACGCCUGGAGCAGCAGGCGGAGGAGGAGCGCCUUGCCCGUGAGGCGGCGGCGGAGCAGGCACGGCUGGAGCGGCAGGCGGAGGAGGAGCGCCUUGCCCGUGAGGCGGCGGCGGAGCAGGCACGCCUGGAGCAGCAGGCGGAGGAGGAGCGUCUUGCCCGUGAGGCGGCGGCGGAGCAGGCACGGCUGGAGCAGCAGGCGGAGGAGGAGCGCCUUGCCCGUGAGGCGGCGGCGGAGCAGGCACGCCUGGAGCGGCAGGCGGAGGAGGAGCGCCUUGCCCGUGAGGCGGCGGCGGAGCAGGCACGCCUGGAGCAGCAGGCGGAGGAGGAGCGUCUUGCCCGUGAGGCGGCGGCGGAGCAGGCACGGCUGGAGCAGCAGGCGGAGGAGGAGCGUCUUGCCCGUGAGGCGGCGGCGGAGCAGGCACGCCUGGAGCGGCAGGCGGAGGAGGAGCGCCUUGCCCGUGAGGCGGCGGCGGAGCAGGCACGGCUGGAGCGGCAGGCGGAGGAGGAGCGCCUUGCCCGUGAGGCGGCGGCGGAGCAGGCACGCCUGGAGCAGCAGGCGGAGGAGGAGCGCCUUGCCCGUGAGGCGGCGGCGGAGCAGGCACGGCUGGAGCGGCAGGCGGAGGAGGAGCGCCUUGCCCGUGAGGCGGCGGCGGAGCAGGCACGGCUGGAGCGGCAGGCGGAGGAGGAGCGCCUUGCCCGUGAGGCGGCGGCGGAGCAGGCACGGCUGGAGCGGCAGGCGGAGGAGGAGCGCCUUGCCCGUGAGGCGGCGGCGGAGCAGGCACGCCUGGAGCGGCAGGCGGAGGAGGAGCGCCUUGCCCGUGAGGCGGCGGCGGAGCAGGCACGCCUGGAGCAGCAGGCGGAGGAGGAGCGUCUUGCCCGUGAGGCGGCGGCGGAGCAGGCACGCCUGGAGCAGCAGGCGGAGGAGGAGCGCCUUGCCCGUGAGGCGGCGGCGGAGCAGGCACGGCUGGAGCGGCAGGCGGAGGAGGAGCGCCUUGCCCGUGAGGCGGCGGCGGAGCAGGCACGGCUGGAGCGGCAGGCGGAGGAGGAGCGCCUUGCCCGUGAGGCGGCGGCGGAGCAGGCACGCCUGGAGCGGCAGGCGGAGGAGGAGCGCCUUGCCCGUGAGGCGGCGGCGGAGCAGGCACGCCUGGAGCAGCAGGCGGAGGAGGAGCGUCUUGCCCGUGAGGCGGCGGCGGAGCAGGCACGGCUGGAGCGGCAGGCGGAGGAGGAGCGCCUUGCCCGUGAGGCGGCGGCGGAGCAGGCACGCCUGGAGCGGCAGGCGGAGGAGGAGCGUCUUGCCCGUGAGGCGGCGGCGGAGCAGGCACGCCUGGAGCAGCAGGCGGAGGAGGAGCGCCUUGCCCGUGAAGUGGUCGGUGUAUUGGAGGCAGACGAGAGUGUGGCACGGGCGAAGGUAUCGAGGGAGGCCCAGGAGGUCUCUGUAUCACUGUAUGGCGAAGUGAUCAUGGGUGCACAGUUGAUGCAAAAAGGGAUGCGCACGCCGUCCUCCAGCCAUAGUGUCAUGCCGCCGCGUGUGGAGACAGCAAUUGACGAUGACGGGUGGGGCGAAGAUGACGGGUUCGAGGAGGUCAACAUGGCUCAGUUCACCAAGUAUCUCGGCUCCCCACAACGACGCACUAGUUGGGGCGGUGCCGACCCCUCGUUUUUGUCAUCGCCGCUCUCUGGCUACGCGCAAGCGUACACACCAGCGUCUGCCCACCGGGAUGCACCGAUGGCGCGCAAGAAGCUCUCGCCGCCGAUAACGCCAGUGUCUGGUGUGCAGCAGGUCGGAGUAACAGAGGUGGCCACUCCCACUGCGGGCCGUCGGCUAGGCGGAAUGAGUUUGCGUAAGAAAUCGCCGCCUGUGCGAGUGGCGCCGGACGGAGGAACGCCCGUAUCCGCAUUCGAACCUCGCGGCUCUAUCGGCAGUAGUAGCAGUAUGAGUAGACCUUACGGCGCCGCCGCCACUUCUGUGUCUGGCGCAGUGGGCGUGAGAUCUGCACCUCAGAAGAGCGUCUUCUCUAGUCCUUCCGCGGUGAGCAGGCAAUCGAAGCGCCAAGUGCAACUCGAAGAUGACGACAAAUGGGAUGAGGAUUGGUAG